AUGGCCCAUCGUCUCCCAGACCGCUCCAAGCUCCGGCUCUUCGCCAAGGGCGUGUCUGCUGGCUCGUCCUUCUUCACACCCGCCCCGUUUGUCGGCUACGCUGCUCUCCGUCAUCCCCGUGCCAUCUCAACAAGCAAAACCUCCGAGAAGCCGGCUAUCGCCAUUCCUACCGGCCCCGUCUCUCCUGCAGUUCCUGCCACUCGCGCUGGUACACCUUCGGCUGCGACUGCGGAGGCUAAUGAAGGGCAAGCCUUUGCUCAUCUGCCACUCACGUGGCCCCACGAUGGCUGGAAUGAGAAUGUUCUCCUGAACGUUGUUCCCAGCCAUCGUGAGCCUAGGACUUUCGGUGACUGGAUUGCCUGGAAGAUUGUCCGCACUUGCAGAUUCUGGAUGGAUCUCGUCACCGGCAUGCGCCCUGAGCAACAGGUCGACUCCAAGAACCCCACGACUGCUUUAGCUGCCAGCAAGCCCUUGACUGAGCGUCAAUGGCUCGUUCGCUUCAUCUUCCUUGAGUCCAUUGCUGGUGUUCCCGGCAUGGUUGCUGGCAGCUUGCGCCACCUCCAGUCCAUUCGCCGUUUCCAGCCCGACCAGGGCUGGAUCAAGUCUCUUCUCGAGGAGUCUUACAACGAGAGAAUGCAUCUCCUCACCUUCCUUGAGAUGUACAAGCCCGGCUGGUUUAUGAGACUUGUCGUUCUUGGUGCUCAGGGCGUCUUCUACAACGCCAUGUUCAUCUCUUACCUCUUCUCUCCCAAGAUUUGCCACCGCUUCGUCGGCUACCUUGAGGAAGAGGCUGUUCACACUUACACCCGCUGCCUGCUUGAGCUUGACCAUGGCUGCCUUAAGAAGUGGUCUGACCCCAAGUUCCGUAUCCCCGAUCUUGCUGUCCGUUACUGGAACAUGCCCGAGGGUCACAGGACCAUGAAGGAUCUCAUCCUCUACGUCAGGGCUGAUGAGGCUUCCCACCGUGGCGUCAACCACACCUUCGGCAACCUCGACCAGGUCUCCGACCCCAACCCCUUCAUGGAGUGCCCUGGUGGUGGAAUCGUCAAGGCCUUCCCCAAGCACCUCUCCGUCACCAGGCCCGCCGGUCUGGAGCGUGAGGAGGUCAUCAGCAAGGAGACCCAUUGA